AUGAGAGGGUCUGCAGAAGAGUCGUAUUCCCUUCUCCCUUCCUAUUGUUAUGAGUUGGAGCGUACAAAUCCGGGAACUUUGACAUACAUUGAGACUGAUGCAGCCGACCACUUCUUAUAUUUUUUUAUGUCCAUUGGUGCAUGCAUACGAGGAUUUAAGUCGUCAAUGCGGCCCGUGAUUGCUGUUGAUGCUACCCAUUUGAAGUGCAAGUAUAAAGGUGUUUUGUUUGUUGCGACCGCAUUUGACGGAAAUCGCAACAUAUAUCCUGUUGCCUUUGGGAUUGGAGAUUUGGAGACGGAUGCAGCAUGGGAGUGGUUUUUGAGAAAAUUACAUUGUGCAAUUGGUGAUUGCUCGAAUCUUGUUGUCAUAUCUGAUCGCAAUGUUAGCAUACAACAUGGGUUGCGUAGAGUUUUUCCUGGGGCAAGCCAUGGUAUUUGCUUUUAUCACUUGAAGGGCAAUAUGAAAGCCUCAUUUCACUUGAAGCAACGGGAUCCGAUAUUGGGGUAUUUUAUAAGGGCAGCGAAGUCUUAUCGUCUAGCGGAGUUCAAUCGUCACUUCUCGAUGAUAAACAAUGAGCGAGUGCGAAAUUAUCUACUACGUGCAGGCGUUCAGAAGUGGUCACGGGCCCACUGUGAUGGACGACGCUAUAAUGUGAUGACAACGAAUAUUGUGGAGUCCAUUAAUUCAGUUCUUCGUUUUGCAAGGAUGCUUCCGGUCCUACACUUGAUCGAUGAAAUCACAAAUUUACUUCUCACUUGGUUUAGUCAACGUCGAGAUUUAGCAAUGAAAUGUCAUUCUACAUUGUGCCCUGAUUUGGGUGAACAGAAGUUAAGGAAGAGGUUAGACGCUGCGUCAAGGAUGAAUGUGGUCAAAAUCAAUGAUGUUGAGUAUAAUGUUCUCGAUGGAAGUUUGACUUGGAGCAACUCCCGUGCAAGCAUGCUAUUGCGGUAUGUCGGCACUUGA